UUUUGGGGUUUUUUGGUGUAAAAAUGCGGAAAUUUGGGGGUUUUAGGGGCGAAUUUUGGGGUGAAAAUGGGCAAUUUUGGGUUAUUUUGGGCUUAAAAUGAGGAAUUUGGGGGUUUUGGGGGUGAAGUUUUGGUGUAAAAAUUGGCAAUUUUGGGGUUUCUGGAGUGAAAUUUUGGGGUGAAAAUGGGCAAUUUUGGGGUUUUUUUUGAACUUAAAAUGGGGAAUUUUGGGUUUUUGGGGGGUAAAAAUGGGUGAUUUUGGGUUUGGGGGGCUGAAAAUGGGCGAUUUUGGUGUUUUUGGGAGGCAAUUUUGGGGUGAAAAUGGGCAAUUUUGGUGUUUUAAGGGGCAAUUUUGGGUUUUUUGGGGUGAAAAUGGGCGAUUUUGGGGUCUUUUGGGUGACAAUUUUGGGGUAAAAAUGGGGAAUUUUGGCUUUUUUUCCCCCAAAUCGCCCCUUUCCCCCCCCCUUAUGUUCCCACAUUGACAAAGAACCCAAAAUGGCCAUUUUUAACCCCAAAAUCAACCCCACCCCCUUCCUUGGAGUUUCCCUUUGUGGUUGGCUUAAAGGAAAUGGGGAAAUGUCCGGUUCCUGAGCAGCCGCCCCAUAGCGGAGCCGCCCCAUAGAUCUUCCCCAUAGCAGAGCUGCCCCAUAGCAGAGCUGCCCCAUAGCAGAGCCCCAUAACGGAGCUGAGCUGCCCCAUAGCGGAUCUGCCCCAUAGGAUUGGAGAAGCCCCAAACUGGGAAUGGGACCCACUCCAUCGCCUCAUUAGCAUACCGAGCCUCAUUAGCAUAACGAGGGUCGUUUGCAUACCGAGCCUCAUUGGCAUAUUGUGCCUAAUUUGCAUAAUGAGCCUCAUUAACGAGCUUCAUUAACCUAACGAGCUCCAACGCAACUUGGAUCCCAUUGGACUCUACUGGACUCCGAAGGAUUCCGUCCCCUCAUUAACAUACCGAGGAUCAUUAACAUACCGAGCCCCAUUAGCAUAACGAGCCUCAUUAGCAUCACGAGCCUCAUUAGUGAGCCUCAUUAGCAUAACAAACCUCAUUAGCAUAACUAGCCUCAUUACCGAGCUUCGUUGACUCAACUCGUUGCCCAUUGACAUUGAGGUUGGCAUUGACCCCAACCCAUCCCCCCUCAUUAAUUACCCUCAUUAAUUACCCUCACUAAUUAACCCUAAUUACCCUAAUGAGCCUCUCCUGGCCCCACCCCACCCCUUACCCGGACUAUUACUACUCCGACCUCACCAACUUCACCUUCGAUUCCACCCACGUCUCCCAUCACAUCCCAUGGACUCACCGCGUCGCAUUGACUUUAUACGCCGCCAUCUUCCUCCUCGGCGUCCCCGGUAACGCCGUCGUCAUUUGGUUGAGUUCUAUGGCCCAACACCGCGCCGUGCCGGCGGUUUGGUAUCUCCAUUUAGCCAUAGCCGAUCUAUUAUGUUGUAUGGCUUUACCAUUCUUAGCCAUCCCGGUUGCCGGCGAUCACCGUUGGCCGUUGGGUGAUACGGGUUGUAAGCUCUUCCCGGCGUUAGCCAUCAUUAAUAUGUAUUCUAGCGUCCUCCUAUUGGCCGCCAUCAGCGCCGAUCGGUGUUUGAUCGUCACCAAACCCACGUGGUGCCAUAAACACCGGACGCCGCGCCGAGCUCAUUGGGUUUCAUUCAUCAUAUGGUUGAGUUCUACCAUCCUCACCAUCCCAACCUUCAUCCACCGCCGCGUCCGCCACGAUCCCUUCGCCGACACCGAGCUCUGCGUGGUGGAUUACGGCACAACCGGCGUCGCCAAAACCUUCACCGCCGUCACCCGCUUCACCGUCGGCUUCCUCCUCCCAUUCGCCGCCAUUACCGUCUGCCAUACGGUUCUAUUGACCCAAUUACACCGUAGGGGGGUCCGACGAACCCGCCGCGCCGCCGGCACCGUCAUGGCCAUCGUGGUGACGUUCUUUGUGUGUUGGUUGCCGUUCCAUGUCAUCGGGUUGAUCUUGUUGGCCAAUAGAUCCAACACCGAGCUUUACCGCGGCGCCGCCAUGUUGGAUCCG